GACCGGGCAGGCACCGCACCGUGGCAGCGCGCCCCACCCGAAGCCGCAGCCAACGUUGGAGGACUGGAAGGUCACGGGCUCACGGACUCGACCAACGGUCUCGAACGAACACCCAGACCACCACCACCAAAUAGCGCCAGAGGCUCAGAGCAGAGGGCACGCCGCACGCCCCUGCCCUGCGUAGUGCGCUGCGCGGCCGGCAUUGCUCGAGGGCAGCGAGAGAGCAGGCCGGGAAGCGUCGUGUGGCACGACCCCACGAGCGGAGCAGGCGCAGGCGGAGCAAUGGGAGGAGGUUCGCGGCCGGGUGCGAUCCUUCUCGCGCUGGCGGCGCUCUGCUCCCUCCUCGCGCAGCCGCAGCCGUCGCGCGCAUUCUUCUUCGGCGUGCGCACCGCGUUCCAGCAGCCCCGCGGCCGCUGCGAGCGCGAGGAGAAGGUGCCCAUGACCGUGGUUGUCCCGGACCUCUCGCCGCGCCCGGCGCCGCUUGGCCCCUCGCCCUCGGCGUCGCCGGCUCCCGCGCCCGCGCCGGUGCGUGGCUCCGACGGCGGCGACGAGGACGGCACGCCGAGGCUGCCGUCCGAGCGGCGGAGCCCGCGGGGCGCGCCCUCGUCGGGCGACCGCAGCGCGGCCGCGCAGGCGCCGGCCGGGGCGGCCAGCGCCGACUUCAUCAGCAGCAGCCCCGCCGUGCCGCUCCCCGCCGGCGUCACCGACUCUGCUACCGUCCUGCCCAUGCCCACCCCUGGGCAGCAACGCCGGGACGACGUGGGGAUGGGCGCCCUGCAACUCCAGGUCAGGGCGGUGCAGCUCGCCGUUCCUCUUCUCAUGAUGCUGUCUUUCAUGGCUCUGUGGUGGUAGACUGAUAGUGGUUUUGCUUCUGUAAUCGCUAGUGCUUUCUCUCUGUAGGCUGUAGCCUGUUCUAAGAUUCCUUGAUUGCCAUCUAGUACUUCCCAUCUGUAAACAAGGUCACCAUGCUUGCUAAUUUUUGAGUUCAUGCCUUAUACAUGCGUCGAUGAGAACUCCUUCCAGCUCACCAGUUCUCUGACUCUCCUCAUUCUACUGUAUUUCAUUUUCACCGGCUGCAGCAGCAACAUGAA